AUGCGCCAGUACUCGACCAAGCCCUCGACCAAGCCUUCACCCGCCCCCUCCGCACUCCCACACCUCACCCCCACCGGCGCCGCACACAUGGUACCGAUCCACACCAAGGCGGUGAGCACGCGCACGGCAGUAGCCGUAGGGACAGUGACGUUCAGCAACCCCACAGCACUCGAGCUGAUCCGCAGCAACAGCAACAAGAAGGGCGAUGUCCUCGCGCUCGCACGCAUCUCGGGGAUUAUGGCCGCAAAGAAGUGUGCUGACAUCGUCGUGCUGUGUCAUCCCAUUCCCAUCUCGUCGGUGGAGGUGGAUGUGAAAGAAGUGGUGGGGGAGAGGGAGGGACUGGGGGGCGGGGAGGGUGAUGGGAAUGGGGUACUGCAGAUUAGGGCGACGGUUACGUGUGAGGGGAAGACGGGUGUCGAGAUGGAGGCGCUUACGGCUGUCAUGGGCGCUGCGCUUGCCGUGGUUGAUAUGUGUAAGGCGGUCGAUAAGAGGAUUGUUGUUGGAGGUGUUAGGGUGAUCGAGAAGAGGGGCGGUCGGAGUGGUGAUUUCUUUGCGGAUGGGCCGCCGCCGGUGGAGGGGAGGUAG